UUAUGUAAGAUUGAACUAUUUAGAAAAAAUGUGGGGGUGUUUGGUUUUUUUUGUUUUUUUAAAAAAAAUACUUUGGUGUAGAAAAGGAAUACUACAGAUAACAAUUUUCGUCCCACUGAGGGAUUGGCACUGCAGGCUUGAAGUGAAAUCUGAAGAAAUCAAAAACCUUCUGCAGGUUUAUGUGGACACUCUGUGCUGUCACUAUGCAACAUAAAGCCUGACCUGCACUUCCCUCUUUCUGCACUGGGCUACUGUCUGAUAUUGUAUGAUAUAACGUAUUAGUCUGCCAUCACUAAAUAGGGGUUGGUGGUUAAUGCCAAGCAUUAGCCCACAGUAACUUGGCCAUGCCGCCCAGGAAAUUCGUAAAGUGUACUUGGCACAGUUUCAGUCGUUCACCGUAGUUUGGCUUUUGUUGCUGUUGUUGUAUAUUUAUUAUGUAUCGCAUACGCACGUGUAGAGUGUUGUUUGGUUCUGUUUUUUUUUCCUGUGGUUAUGUGGCAAACCUGCUGGCUGGCACAUCCAUCCACCGCUCCUGCUUCAGUUGAGAUGGAGGAUGACGACGGCACAUGCUUGCUGGAUGUGUUGUGCGAUCCACAAGCCCUGAAUGACUUCCUACACGGGACAAAAGAGCUAUUGAAUGGAGACCUGCUCAUUAACUCCUCAUCUGGGGAGCCGUCCCUGUUCACAGACACCCCGAGCCCCGUAUCCCUGUUGGCAGACGAUGCCGGGUCUCACGACACGCCUACCUCCGGCUGCGUUGAUCUCUCCUUUCUGGACGAGGCAUUGCUGUCCUCACCGACCGGAGGAGAGGACUCACGGGACGCUCCACAUGACGCUCCACAAGACCAGGAGGAGGUGGCGCAUCAGGGUGGGGAGGAGGAGGAGGAGGAGGAGGAGGAGGAGGAAGAGGAGGAGACCUGUGACAUCCUGCAGCAGAGCCUCCAGGAGGCUGACAUCACGGAGCACACCCUGGCCUUGGAGGCAGGACUGACCCAAAGCGGCGAUGUCCUCUCCCUCUACCCCUCGGGCUUCUCCGUCCCUUCGCCUACGCACCUGCACAAGCCGCUGAACGUCCCUGGGGGGGCCACGUUGCCCAGGGACACGCAGGUGGCGGUGGAGCCCCCUCAUCCGUCGCUGCUGGCGGUGGGUCCGGGCUGCCCCUCGCUGAAGCCAGCUGCGCCGCAGCUAAUGGGGCUGCUGCCCGGCAAUGUGUUCCCGGCCCCUCCUCCCGAGACGUCGUUCUCGCUGAGCCCCGCCCACGGCUCCAGCACGGUCGUGGGGAAGAACCUGCCCGGCCUCACCGGCCGCCAGCCGCUGACCCCCGGCGCGAGGGCCACGGUGGCACCGGAGAUCGUGCUGCAGAGGACCCCACUGCCCAUCCAGCCCAAGCUGCCUGUCAACAUCCAGCCUAGGCUGGUGCAGAUCAGCCCUAAGCCGUCGGGGCAGAAGGCGUCUCCGGGACUUACCUUCAUCCCACCUGCCGCCUCCCAGAAUAUCCUGCUGUCUUCUCCGGUGGGCACCAAGCAGCCACCUCCGUCCGCGAUGACGCCCACACUCGGCAAGCCCGUCAGCCUCCAGCUCGUCAACCAGGGCGGCUCCAUCGUCAUUCAGCCACAGAGUCUCUUCCCGGGUCAAAGUCAUUUCAUCCUGCCCAGCCAAAGCCCGGUAACUGUGGCCCAGUCGACCAGCUCUGCCAGGCCCCUGCUCAGCACGAGUACCCCGAUGCCCCCUGCAGCUGCACCAACGGGGCACCUCAUCGACGGCUCGCAGAUCGUGACGGUGCGACCCAGGCAGCUGAAUUUCAGCCCCGUCUUCACCACUCCGACCGGCCAGCUAGCGCUCCGACAGGGAGCGCUCCUGUCCGGGCCCCUGCAGUUUCAGUCGGCGCCACCUGCUGUCUUCCAGAUGCCAGCACAGCUGACGGGGGCAUAUCCGCAGGGGCAGCCCGGUGCCGUUGUCCACGGCCCUGCCUUGGCCAACCACAUCACCUUGAUCAACGGCCCAGGUGUGCUCCCCCCUGAUGUGGCCUCCAUAUCGAUCGUGAAUGGGCCCUCAGUGGUGCAGAGCCUGCCCUUUGUGUCCCAGACCCCCCAGGUACAGAAAGCCAUGGCAGGGGGCCAGGCAGAGCAGCUCAGCCUUCCGCAGACCCCGGUACUUCUGCUCCCUGAGAGAACAGCGCCAGACAAGGUCGAAGCAUGUGAGCAGCUCCAUAGCAUCCUACAAAGCAGGCUGUCCUCUCCAGCGUCGGGGCAGCCUAGCGUUCCUGAAGUACACUCACAGGCCUCUCCAGUCAUUACUCUUCUGCAAGCACCGCUAGAGAGCGCGCCAGAGCCUGUUGUCUCAUUAGAUCAACAGCUAGUUAGCCACCCAGAGAAGCAGCAAGCCUCUGAGAGAGGCCAGAACCCUCAGAACCCCACCUUUCUACAUCACCCCAUACAGCAAGUUCUUAAGCCUCUGCCGUCUGUGGAACUCCUGACCGACACGUUACUGGUGCACUUAGACGGUCACAUCUCUCCUGCCACCAGCGAGGGCAGAGCUUCCCCCGUGGACUUGGCCGUGUGCGCUCAGGCCGACGCCCUCUCUGUGCUGUCUGAGUGCGGAGGGAUGCCCACCCCUGCGCACUCGGGCUCAGAGCACAGCGACACGCUCUCCUCGCCCCCCAUCCUGCAGUGCUCGGGGAGCACACCCUCCGCCCUGUUCCCUACGCCCCCACUCUCGGAACGCCACCCCGGGGCCCUUGGCGCCCACCCCCAGGGCCAGGAGGAUUCUGUGCUGUGCACGAGCCCUUCUUCUGCUGUGGAACAGCUGGGUGCAUCUGAGCACAACCCUCCAGCCACUCCAACAUGCACUGGUCUUACUGGGGCCCUGGAGGCCAGCCUGACUGGGGCCCCACAGCACACGCGCCAAGCCCCUGUGAUGGCCGAUGGUCAGAUGGUCUUGCCACACCUGCAGGAAGACUGCGAGGUCGGGUCACUGCAGGGUACGCCGAUGCUGACCCCAGUCCAGGCGAAUGCGCCAGUGUCCUCUGUCGGAGCGAAGGCGAAAGAGAGACUCACACCUAUCAUGCGGCAGCACAGGGUCAAGCAGCAGCUCUGUUCGGACCAUGACGCCGUUCUUCGUCCGAACACACACGCCCGGUUUGUUUCGCUGGAGGACGCCGUGAGGCACCUGCUGCCCUACCACACCUGCUCUAGAGCCUCUCCCAGCCAGGCUGACCUGCUAUCUGUGGAUGGGCGGUUCGAGAGUGCAUCUGGACUGCUGCUGAAACGCGCCACUGACAUGUCGAACAAGUACAGGCAGCUGCUACUGGCCGAGUCGCAGCAGGAGAGCCCCUCGGCAGAGAUGGUAAUGCUGGAGAGAUUGUUCCUGCAGUCAGAAAGACUCCUCCUGGGGGAUGAGAGACGCCGCGCCCGAGGAGACCCAGAGUCCUUCCUGAUGUCCCUGCGUAAAGCCUCUUCACAGCCUGGCACAGUGCCCCUGCGUCACACUGCCGGCUCAGGUAGCCCUCCCUCACCCCCUGCGUGGGCGCUGCACUCAGACAGACCCCCGGGCCUUAAGACGUACCGCUCCCGCAGCCGGGGGACAUUGCGUCUCACCAUCAAACACGAGUCGGGAUCCCGCAAGGUCGUGCACAACUCAGCCUGCGACGAGCCACACCGGGGGCCCUCCGGCGCACGUCUGAGCAACGGAGCGGACGUACGGGAGGCUCUCGGACCCCCGGAGACCGACCGGCUACUCGCACAGCAGGCAGCAGAAAGAUCCCGCACCGAGUCGGGCCCAAGCAGGACAGCCUGUGAACCGCAGGACGUCCCAUGCUCGCAGGCCCUGAGCCCAGGAGACCCAGGCAACCCUCCCCCCGAUCCACACCCUCCGCAGGCCAAGCGGACCAAGCGGACUGGCAGUGAGGCGGAGGGCAGCGGCCUGAGCGAACACCUGCAGAGUGCCAUAGACAGCAUCCUGGAACUGCGGCGGCUGCAGGGCCCCACAGACCCUGUCAAACCCAAGAUGGAGCAGCCCGUCAGCUGCAUCCUGGAAGGAGAGAUGUAACACAGCCCCAGCACAACAGCAGGAAUUCCUGCAGCUCCUCACCUACAACGGAGCACAAACCUGAACACUCUCUCUCUGGUUACAUGCUCCUUUAUGUUCUAAAGAGGGGUAUGAUGUUAUCGUCACAGUAUCGGCAUGAGAGAAGUCCUCUACAGUAAUAGGGCGAUACUUGUACUUGUAAAAAUAAGUAGCAGUUAGAGGUUGAGGAAUCUUUUGUGAGUAAAUGAGACCAAGCAUUUUUUAAAGAGGUGCCCCAGUAAAUUUUUUUUACAUGCUUCUUGGUUUUAGUGUCAUGUACGGAAACCUCCAGUGUGCUUGGUUUGUGCCAACAUCACCAGUGUUGCCGGUUACAUUUGCAGAG